CUCUCCUCUAACGUACGCACCAAGCACACAGGCGAAAUCAUUCUUUUCGUUUCCGUUACAGGUUUCAAGAUGAAAAUAGAGGUGAAGGAAUCAACUAUGGUGAGGCCGGCGCAGGAUACGCCGCAGAGGGGGCUCUGGAACGCCAACGUCGAUCUGGUGGUACCGAGAAUGCAUACACCGAGUGUUUAUUUUUAUAGGCCGAACGGGUCUUCCAAUUUCUUCGACCCCAACGUAUUGAAGGAGGCUUUGAGUAAGGCGCUUGUGCCGUUCUAUCCCAUGGCUGCAAGGUUGAGGAGAGAUGAAGAUGGUCGUGUGGAAAUCAAUUGUAAUGGAAAAGGCGUGUUGUUUGUGGAGGCUGAGACAAGUUCGGUUAUCGAUGAUUUUGGGGAUUUUGCUCCGACGAUGGAACUCAAGCGGCUUAUCCCUACCGUCGAUUAUUCCGGCGAUAUCUCUUCCUAUCCUCUCCUGGUGUUGCAGGUUACACGUUUCAAGUGCGGUGGGGUCUCCUUAGGUGUGGGAAUGCAGCAUCAUGUGGCGGACGGAAUGUCGGGUCUCCACUUCAUCAACACGUGGUCAGACAUGGCACGUGGACUCGAUCUUAGCAUCCCACCGUUCAUCGACCGGACUCCUCUCCGCGCAAGAGACCCACCAACACCCGCAUUUCACCACAUUGAGUACCAACCCGCUCCUUCCAUGAAAACCCCUUUACAAACCACAAAAUCUCAAUCGAGUCCCGACACCACCUCCGUCGCCAUUUUCAAGAUCACCCGUGACCAGCUCAACAUCCUCAAGGCCAAGUCCAAGGAGGGGGGCAACACAAACAACUACAGUUCCUACGAGAUGCUGGCUGGACACGUGUGGCGUUGUUCAUGUAAGGCACGUGGCCUCCCCGAUGAUCAGGAAACAAAGAUGUACAUCGCCACAGAUGGACGGUCCAGAUUGCGCCCUCAACUUCCACCUGGUUAUUUCGGCAACGUCAUUUUCACUGCCACGCCGAUCGCCGUCUCCGGCGACCUCAUGAACAAUCCGCUGACAUACUCUGCAGGGAGGAUCCAUGAUGCCUUGACGCGGAUGGAUGAUGACUACUUAAGAUCAGCCCUUGAUUACUUGGAACUACAGCCUGAUCUGACGGCUCUUGUUCGAGGGGCCCACACAUUCAGGUGCCCCAACAUCGGAAUCACGAGCUGGGUGCGGUUGCCGAUUCAUGAUGCGGAUUUCGGGUGGGGUCGGCCGAUAUUUAUGGGACCCGGUGGGAUCGCUUACGAGGGGCUGGCCUUCGUGAUACCUAGCCCCAUCAAUGAUGGAAGCUUAUCGCUGGCCAUUUCUUUGCAAUCUGAGCAUAUGAAGAUCUUCCAGAAGAUUCUGUAUGAGUUUUAAAAGG